AUGGCCGACUCCGGUUUACCCCACCGUCCCAAGCCUGAAGAGACUCCUGAAGCUGCUGCUGCUGCUGCCCCAGCUGCAGAGGGUGCUGGAGCUCCCAGUAAGAAUGCCUUGAAGAAGGCUGCGAAGGAAAAGGCCAAGGCUGAGAAAGCCGCCCAGCGCGCCGCGCAGGAGAAGGCCCAGGCCGCGGCUCAGACUGCUGAUGACACGGCAAAGGAUCUGUAUGGCAAGAUCCCCAAGAAUGAGGAUGCGGUGCCUGUGACGAGGGUCAAGGAGCUGUCGGAAGAUCUGUACGAGAAGGAGGUUACGGUCGUUGCCCGUGUUGAUAAUGCCCGUGUGCAGAGUGCCAAGUUGGCGUUCUUGAUGCUCCGAGAACAGGGAACGAAGAUCCAAGCCGUCGUGGCUGCCGCAGAGCCAAUUUCGAGACAAAUGGUCAAGUGGACUGGUGGACUAAACGUCAACACCAUCGUCCAGGUUACUGGUAUCGUGAAGAAGCCCGGUGUUCCAGUUUCGUCUGCUACGCUGAGCAACCUGGAGCUUCACAUCCGGAAAGUCUACAUCAUUGCAGAGGCUGCUCAGAUGCUACCAAUGCAGGUUAAGGACGCUGAGAGGCCUCCACCAGAGGGUGCUGAUGAGGGUCAGUUGGACUCCGAGGGUACUCCCCUGGUUACUUUGAAGACCCGUCUCGACAACCGUGUGCUCGACCUCCAGACGGAGACCAGCCAGGCCAUUACCUGGAUCUCGAGUGGUGUCACUCAGCUCUUCGCUGAGUACAUGCUUAAGAGUGGUUCGCGCUGGAUCUCAACCCCGAAGAUCGCGGGUGCUGCCUCUGAGGGUGGAAGCAACGUCUUCGAGAUUAAGUACUUCAAGCGAAAUGCCUAUCUCACCCAGUCUCCACAGUUGUACAAGCAGAUGUGCAUUGCUGGUGAUAUGGAGAAUGUCUUUGAGAUUGCUCCCGUUUUCCGAGCUGAAGACAGUAACACCCACAGACAUUUGACUGAGUUCACCGGUCUCGAUUUCGAGAAGACCUUCCGACACCACUACCACGAAGUCCUCGAGUUCGCCGAGGACCUGCUAGUUUUCAUCCUGUCUGAGCUGAAGGUGCGGUACAAGGACCAGAUCGCCAUCAUCCAGAAGUCCUACCCCAAGGCUGGUGAUUUCAGGCUUCCGAAGAACGGCAAGGCUCUACGAUUGAAGUAUAUGGAAGGUCUGGCCUUGCUGAAGGAGGCUGGUAUCGACGUCUCGGAACAGGAGCGGUUCGAGAACGACUUCACCACCGCUAUGGAGAAGAAACUAGGGGAAAUCAUCCGGAAUAAGUAUGAUACUGACUUUUACGUCCUCGACAAAUUCCCAAUGUCGGUUCGGCCUUUCUACACCAAGGCUGACCCCGAUGACCCCACCUUCUCCAACUCGUACGACUUUUUCAUGCGUGGUGAAGAGAUCAUGUCCGGUGCUCAGCGUAUCAACAACGUUAAGGAGCUGGAGGAUUCGAUGAGAGCCAAGGGUCUGGACCCCAACCAGGAAGGUUUCGAGGAUUACCUGGCUGCUUUCCGACAGGGCUGUCCUCCCCAUGCCGGUGGUGGUUUGGGUCUGAAUCGUAUCGUCAUGUUCUUCCUCGGUCUCCCCAACGUCCGUCAAGCUACUCUCUUCCCUCGUGAUCCUCAGCGUCUCCGCCCUUAG